CAGGUGAUCCGCCCACCUCAGCCUCCCAAAGUGCUGGGAUUACAGGCAUGAGCCACUGUGCCCAGCCGACUUUAAAUGAGUUACUUAACUCUCAAGUCUCUGUUAAUCUAGUCUGUAAAUUGGGGAUGAUAGCAGUUAUUGUGAGAAUUAACUGUUAUGAGCCACUUACAUUGUUCAGCAGUUAUUAUAAUAACUAUAACAUAAUAAUUAUUAAUAGUUCCAGGCAGCCCCUUGAACAGUGUAGCCUUCAGCAUAGCUCUGGCCUCAGUGUGAGUUACCGGUAUUGUGGGUAGGCUACAGCACGUCUGGCAGUGGGGUAUCAUUACUGAAACCUUAUAAUGAAGAUUCCAAGAUAGUCACAAUUUCAAAGAGACUCUCCUGUUUUCCCUUAGAUCAAUAAGCACUUGCCAAUUUGAUGGGAAAACAUGGCUACCACGGAAAGCCCCUCAGCAGCUGCCUAUUUCUCCAUCAGCCCGUACAGUCGCUGAAAGGUGGUGUGAAGGAGGAAGAUAAUUAGCUAUGGCUCAGGGUACCUGAUAGGUGGGGAGACCUAGAUUCUACUCCUGACCAUCCCAGUCCCAACUGGCCACUGCUGCACAAGUCCAGCUCUCAAAUGAAAGAGCAAAUUACAUCCUUCGAGCUCAGUUCUCCACCUUGGCUGUACGCUAGAAUCAGCUGGGGAUGUUUUUAAAUUCUUGUGCCUGGACUGCACUCCAGACCAAUUUAAUCAGUAUUUUUUAAAAAGCACUCCAGGUAAAUGCUACUGUACACUAAAAGUUGAGAACUGUUUCAGGGCAGGGUUUUUCAAACUCCACAGGCGUAAUAACUACCUGUAUUAGCUUAAAAUAUUUUCUCUGGCUCUGGAGUUUGAUUCUAACAUACCCUUUAAAAACAUGUACACUAUUUUAACAUCUCAGAAAGCAGGGUGAUCUUCUAGUCAGUGGCACCUAAGACUUGAAGACACACAGAAACCAGCAACCCAGCUGAUUCUUAGGAUUAGGCAAGUUGAGGGGAAAACAGUUCCCGAGGGCAGUGCUUCCCAAUCUUUAAUGUCUUUAGAGUCACCUGAGAUCUUGUUAAAAUGCGGAUUCCGAAUCAGAAGUUCUGGGUUAAAGCCUGAGAUUCUGCAUGUCUAAUGAGCUUCUGGGUGAUCUGAUGUUGCUGGCUCUUGAUCCGCAUUUUGGGCAGCAAAAUUCUAAAACAUCUCCACCCGAGGAGGCUCCGCCAGCAAGACUCAUUUAAGUCAACUGAAAUAACUGGCAUAGAGGAGUACAACCUGUGGAGUCCUCAAUGCCUGUGAGGCAGUUACUAGACCGCACCCUCAUUUUUCCCCCAGGAAAGGGCAGCUGGGAUGAGAGCCAGAGGGAGAGAGAGCUGCCCCGACCUUUGAGAAGCCAGAGUCUGGAGUCCAAUUUCCCAAAGAAGCAGAGUUUGUUGUGUGAGGCAGCACAAAUCCCACACUGAAUACCAGCAAAGUUCACUUAUGAAGUGAAGCUGGGACUCAGCUGGCUUUAGUGGGCCGAAGGGAAGCAACCCCAUUCUCUUCACCAUACACCCUUUUUCUACAUUUAUUCAUUCACCAAACCUUUUGAUCCACGAACAAACUACAGGUUCUGAGAGGUUCAAAGAUGAGUCAGAUUUGGUCCAUUGAGCUCCAGGGGGAGAAAUGCAGUGAGGGAAAAGAUUUGUAAAAUGACAUACAAUAUGAAAUGAUAAGUGCCAAUAACAGAAGUACAAAGAGAGGGGCCAGUACAAAGGAGCAAUGCUAGUAGCUUCCUGGAGCAGCAGCCACUGUGGGACCUGAAACAUUCCUAAUCUUCCCAAGGAAGGGCACCACCCAAAACAAAUUUCCUUGCCAGGACCAGCCUAUGGUAAACGAGUAUGCUUUGAUACCCUGAAGCCCUUGAAACCAAGACCUCAUAAUCUGGAGACUCAACAUAAGGAAUGCUUCCUACCUAUGUGCCCGUAAUCUCUAGCUCUAUGAUGCAAAUAAAUCCAAGGAAGCAAGAGACUUUCAGGGGAUGAGCCCCUUAAAGGAUGGAAGUGGUUGUGCAUCCUAUCCUUCUCCCAGAACCCAGCAGAUCAUUUCCCUAGUUACAUAAACAUUUGAGUCUUUACCCCUUGCCAUAUUGACAAAGCUCUUAAUUGGCUUGACCUAUCACAUUGCUAGAUAUAAAGGCUACAAUCCCCAGACUAAGAAGUAGGUCUCCAGUUGGAGUAGGGAGUCUCAGUCAAUGUAGGCAGAGUACAAGACCCUAGAGCCUGCUCUCUUACCUGACCUUGUAUAGACCAGCUUUUAGGGGAGCCAAGUUGGGAUACUCAAUUCCAACUCUUUUCCUUCUCUCCGUCUCACAUACAGGAAACCUUACGAGAAAGGUUUAGGGGCCUGAAAAAGGUGACAAGACGGCAAAGAUGGGAAGUGGAGCCAGUGCUGAGGACAAAGAACUGGCCAAGAGGUCCAAGGAGCUAGAAAAGAAGCUGCAGGAAGAUGCUGAUAAGGAAGCCAAGACUGUCAAGCUGCUACUGCUGGGUGCUGGGGAGUCAGGAAAGAGCACCAUCGUCAAACAGAUGAAGAUCAUUCACCAGGAUGGCUAUUCACCAGAAGAAUGCCUGGAGUUCAAGGCUAUCAUCUAUGGAAAUGUGCUGCAGUCCAUCCUGGCUAUCAUCCGGGCCAUGACCACACUGGGCAUCGACUAUGCUGAAUCAAGCUGUGCGGACGAUGGGCGACAGCUCAACAACCUGGCUGACUCCAUUGAGGAGGGAACCAUGCCUCCAGAGCUGGUGGAGGUCAUUAGGAGGUUGUGGAAGGAUGGCGGGGUGCAAGCCUGCUUCGAGAGAGCUGCAGAAUACCAGCUCAAUGACUCCGCAUCUUACUACCUGAACCAAUUAGAACGAAUCACAGACCCUGAGUACCUCCCUAGUGAGCAAGAUGUGCUCCGAUCCAGAGUCAAAACCACGGGCAUCAUUGAAACCAAGUUUUCUGUCAAAGACUUGAAUUUCAGGAUGUUUGAUGUGGGAGGGCAGAGAUCAGAGAGAAAGAAGUGGAUCCACUGCUUCGAGGGAGUCACCUGCAUCAUUUUCUGUGCAGCCCUCAGUGCCUAUGAUAUGGUGCUGGUGGAAGAUGACGAAGUGAAUCGUAUGCAUGAGUCUUUGCAUCUGUUCAACAGCAUAUGUAACCACAAGUUCUUUGCGGCUACUUCCAUCGUCCUCUUUCUCAACAAGAAGGAUCUCUUUGAGGAAAAAAUCAAGAAAGUCCAUCUCAGCAUUUGUUUUCCAGAGUAUGAUGGUAACAACUCCUAUGAUGAUGCGGGGAAUUACAUCAAGAGCCAGUUCCUUGACCUCAAUAUGCGAAAAGAUGUCAAAGAAAUCUACAGUCACAUGACCUGUGCUACAGAUACACAGAAUGUCAAAUUUGUGUUUGAUGCAGUUACAGAUAUUAUCAUCAAAGAAAACCUCAAGGACUGUGGCCUCUUCUAAUCCUCACCAUUCCUCAGGUAUAAAUUCUAUAAACAGGCUUGGAAUCUGGGUAAUUAAAAACAGCAGAUUAUAGUCAAUAUACUAUGACAUGAAGAAUGAAUCCAUUCUUUGGAGAUGAAGUAUACAUGACUGCAACUGUGUUUCAUACAUUCUUUUCAAAGUGGGAUAGCUAGUGCAGCUUAAAGAGCACAGGCCAGUAGUUAGAAGACCUCCCAGGUUCCAGUACUGGUUUUCCAACUUAAUACAAAAAUGUGAAUACUUUAUUUUUGAGUCGUGAGUCUUUCAACUAUAAAAUGAAGACGACUUCCCUGCCUACUUCACAGGGUUAUUCUGAGGAGCACGAACAUAACUGAAGGGAAGGCACGUAAAAACUGCUUGUGCAGGCCGGGCGCAGUGGCUCACGCUUGUAAUCCCAGCAUGUUGGGAGGCUGAGGUGGGCGGAUCAUGAGAUCAGGAGUUUGAAACCAGUCUGGCCAACACAGUGAAACCCUGUCUCUACCAAAAAUACAAAAAUUAGCUGGGCAUGGUGGCAGGCGCCUGUAAUC